UGAGCUCAACAAUGGCGAUGUUGGGGAGUGUUCUUCUUCCCUCUCCAAUGGUGUUAGCAAGCGAGGGUAUCAAAAAAGUCACGACGACAUCCUCAUCUCCGAUUAGGCCGUUAAAGAAUUGCAAAACCGUGGAUCAACUCAAGAUGUUCCACCGUUCGCUCGCGAAGCAAGGCCUUGAGAACGAUGUCUCCUCUAUAACCAAGCUUGUUGCUCGAAGCUGCGAAUUGGGUACUCGUGAAAGCUUGAGCUUUGCCAGAGAGUUGUUUGAUUCGAAAGGAAAUGGCGAAUCUUAUGGAUCUCGUUUCAUGUACAACUCUCUGAUUCGUGGGUAUGCAUCUUCCGGGUUAUGCGAAGAAGCUUUAUCGCUCUUUCUUCGAAUGAUGGUCGACGGAAUCUCUCCGGACAAGUACACGUUCCCGUUUGGAUUGAGCGCGUGUGCGAAAAGCAGAGCGAAUCGCGACGGGAUUCAGAUUCAUGGGUUGAUCGUUAAGAUGGAUUACGCCAAGGAUAUGUUCGUGCAGAACUCGCUGCUUCAUUUCUAUGCAGAGUGUGGAGAGCUUGACCUUGCACGGAAGGUGUUCGACGAAAUGCCUCAGAGAAAUGUGGUUUCUUGGACCAGCAUGAUUUGCGGCUACGCAAGGCGGGAUCUUGCUAAAGACGCUGUUGAUUUGUUUUUCGAGAUGAUCAGAAGCGAGGAUGUUAGGCCUAAUUCGUUCACAAUGGUGUGCGUGGUAUCGGCUUGCGCGAAGCUGGAGGAUCUUGAAACGGGUGAGAAAGUUUAUGCUUUUAUCCGAGAUUCUGGUAUUGAAGUCAACGAUCUUAUGGUUAGUGCUCUGGUCGAUAUGUACAUGAAAUGCAGCGCAAUUGAUACAGCAAAACAGCUUUUUGAGCAAUACGGUGCUAGAAACUUGGAUUUGUGCAACGCGAUGGCGUCUAACUACGUACGCAAAGGGUUAACGAAGGAGGCUCUAGGUGUCUUGAAUCUAAUGAUGGAGUCUGGUGUUAGACCUGAUCGGAUAUCGAUGUUGAGUGCAAUCUCUUCUUGUUCACAGAUGAGGAACAUUUUGUGGGGAAAGAGCUGUCACGGAUUUGUACUGAGGAAUGGGUUUCAGAAUUGGGACAACAUAUGCAAUGCCCUGAUUGAUAUGUACAUGAAGUGUAACAGGCAAGAUACUGCAUUUAAGAUCUUUGAUCGGAUGUCGAACAAGACAGUGGUCACGUGGAACUCGAUAGUCGCUGGCUAUGUAGAUAAUGGUGAGGUGGAAGCAGCUUGGGAAACAUUCAAAAUCAUGCCAGAGAAAAACAUUGUUUCUUGGAACACGAUCAUCGGCGCACUGGUGCAAGAAAGCAUGUUCGAGGAAGCGAUUGAAGUUUUCAGGUCUAUGCAAAGCCAAGAGGGUGUCAAUGCAGAUGGAGUGACAAUGAUGAGUAUUGCAUCUGCUUGUGGGCACUUGGGAGCUCUUGAUCUCGCGAAGUGGAUGUAUUACUACAUUGAGAAGAACGGAAUUGAGCUUGAUGUCAGACUCGGUACAACCUUGGUAGAUAUGUUUUCCAGGUGUGGGGAUCCUGACAGCGCAAUGUCGAUCUUCGAUAGUUUGACAAACAGAGAUGUCUCGGCUUGGACAGCGGCUAUAAGAGCAAUGGCUAUGUCAGGAAACGCUAAGCGAGCAAUAGAGCUAUUCAAUGAGAUGAUUGAACAAGGGUUGCAACCAGAUGGAGUAGUCUUUGUUGGAGCAUUGACAGCUUGCAGUCAUGGAGGAUUGGUCCAACAAGGUAAGGAGAUCUUCAAUUCGAUGGAGAAAGUUCACGGAGUUUCUCCACAAGAUGUGCACUAUGGAUGCAUGGUUGAUCUGCUUGGUCGAGCAGGAUUGCUAGAGGAAGCUCUGCAACUCAUAAAGUCCAUGCCUAUGGAGCCAAACGAUGUGAUUUGGAAUUCUCUUUUAUCUGCUUGUCGUGGUCAGGGAAAUGUGGAGAUGGCUGCUUAUGCAGCUGAGAGGAUACAAGUCUUGGCUCCAGAGAGAACUGGGAGUUAUGUUCUUCUGUCAAAUGUCUACGCAUCAGCUGGAAGAUGGAACGAUGUAGCAAAAGUGAGGCUAAGUAUGAAGGAGAAAGGUUUACGUAAACCGCCAGGAACUAGUCUAGUAGAGAUCCGAGGUAAGACCCAUGAGUUCACAUCAGGAGAUGAGUCACACCCUGAAAUGCCGAGAAUAGAAGCAAUGCUCGAUGAGAUUAGCCACUUAGGCCACGUACCUGAUCUUGGUAAUGUUCUGAUGGACGUAGAUGAUCAAGAAAAGAGAUUUAUGCUUAGCCGGCACAGCGAGAAACUUGCAAUGGCCUUUGGGCUCAUCAGCUCAAAGAAAGGCACAACGAUACGAAUAGUCAAGAACCUGAGAGUAUGCUCUGAUUGUCAUUCAUUUGCAAAGUUAGCAUCCAAAGUGUACAACCGAGAAAUCGUUCUAAGAGACAAUAACCGGUUUCAUUUCAUAAGUCAAGGAAAGUGUUCUUGCAAUGACUUCUGGUGAUUACAUAAGUAAAUAAGA